CAGAGUCAGAGUCAGAGUCAGAGUCAGAGUCAGAGACAGAGUCAGAGUCAGAGUCAGAGUCAGAGAUGCUGUCGUGGAUCGCGGCGCUGCUGUCGUGGAUCCUCUCCGCGCACCUCGCGCAGCGCCUGUGUUUCCCGCACUUCUGGAAAGACGCGCUGUUUCUAAUGAGAGUCAUCCGAUACGGAGCGCGGCUGGAGAUCUACAGAAGAAGCUCGCGGGUCGUGACGGUCGUGGACAGGUUUGUUCAGCAAGCCCAGCGGAUUCCCGACAAAGCCUUCCUGAUUUAUGAAGGAGUGGCGUACACCUACGGAGAGCUCGAGCAGCGCAGCAACAGAGUCGCGCGCGUCUUUCGAGACGCGGUGAAAGAAGGAGACACGGUGGCGCUCCUCAUGAGCAACGAGCCCGACUUCCUCUCGGUGUGGUUCGGCUUCUGCAAGCUGGGCUGCGCGGUGGCGUUCCUCAACACCAACAUCAGGUCCAGGUCCCUGCUGCACUGCUUCAGCUGCUGCGGGGCCGAGCUGCUGGUGGUCGGAGCAGAUCUUCUGGAGACGUUAGAGGACAUUCUUCCCAGUCUCCAGGAGGACGGGAUCACAGUGUGGUGUAUGACUCGGGAGAGCCCUCGUCCCGGCGUGCACAGCCUGCUGGAUCAGAUGGAGGAGGCUUCGCAGGAGCCCGUCGCAGCUGAGCGCCGCUCCGUCCGCUGCCUCCGAAGCCCCACGCUCUACAUCUUCACCUCCGGGACGACCGGGCUGCCCAAAGCUGCAGUCAUCACUCAUUUGCAGGCCCUGAAGGCAGCAGGAGGGUUUUGGGUGUACGGUGCCACAGGAAGUGAUGUCAUCUACACGCCGCUUCCCCUGUAUCAUAGCGCUGCCUCGCUCGUGGGCAUCGGAGGGACCAUUGAAUUGGGUGCCACCUGUGUCCUGAAGAAGAAGUUUUCAGCCUCUCAGUUUUGGCAUGACUGCAGGAAACACAACGUCACCAUAUUUCAGUAUAUUGGAGAGCUGUGCCGAUAUCUGUGCAAUCAGCCUACGGCUGAGAAUGAGAAGGAUCACAGGGUGCUCAUGGGUGUUGGGAACGGCCUCCGACAGGACGUAUGGAGAGAGUUCCUCCGGCGCUUUGGGGACAUCCGCAUGUGUGAGAUCUACGGCUCCACUGAAGGAAACCUAUGCUUCAUGAACCACAUUGGCAAGAUCGGAGCUGUCGGACGCUCCAAUUUCUUUUACAAGCUGAUUUUUAAGUAUGAUCUGGUGAAGUAUGACCUGGUCAGAGAGGAGCCUGUGAGGGACCACAGUGGAUUCUGCCAGCACGUUCAGAAAGGAGAGACGGGGCUGCUGCUGUCUAAGAUCUGCAGUCAGAGCCCGUUCUUCGGUUACGCCGGCAGCAAACAGCUGACGGAGAGGAAGAUCCUGAGAGACGUGUUUGUCACAGGAGACGCUUACUUCAACACCGGAGACCUGAUGGCUGAGGACGAGGACGACUUCAUCUGCUUCAGAGACCGAGUGGGAGACACCUUCAGAUGGAAGGGUGAAAAUGUGGCGACCACUGAGGUGACCGAGAUCCUGGGACUGGUGGAUUUCAUUCAGGAAGCCAGUGUGUAUGGAGUCCAGGUGCCAGGAAAUGAGGGCCGAGCCGGAAUGGCUGCAGUGAUUGUGAGGCCCGAGUGCACAUUUGAUGGGAAGAAACUGUUCAGUCACGUCCUCAGAGAACUGCCAUCAUACGCUCGACCUCUCUUCAUUAGACUGCAGGAGUCUCUGGAGAUGACCAGCACCUUCAAGCAGCAGAAGUUUGCUCUGGUGGAGAGCGGCUUCGACCCCUGCAGCAUCAGCCAGCCGCUCUUCUUCCUGGACUGCAGCGAGAAGAGCUACGUCCCCCUCACCAGCUCGGUGUAUGACAGCAUAGUGAGCGGUCAGAGGAAAGUCUAGCCCUUUCAAACACCUCCAGACCGUAGAGAAGUGAUUUAGCUGUCAGACGCUGUAUAUUUGAUCAGAGUCCGCCGUCAAUUAUUGAUCACGUACGUCUUUCAGAGCUGCAGACCGUGUCCUUUAGUGAAUACAGAGUUAGUGCAUAUGAAAGAGGGUAAUGGUGAUCUGCUCCGAGCGGAGAUGAGUGAUAUAGCCUGCUGUCAGACACGCAGUCAUGUGUGCUGAGAUCUGGGAAAUACAGGAGAGUGAUUUCAGUGCUGAAGUGAAUGUGUGUGCGCUAUGAAGGAAACACUUUUAGAUUCGGUGUCUGCAAAGAUUGAAGUUCAACACAGGCACCUGCUGUUCUGUUUUAAAGUCUACUUUCAGUCAUGGCUUUAGUGUGCGUCAUACGUGCACAUCACUGCUUUAACUUACUGUAACACAACUCAAUCCCGUGAGAUUUCAGCUGUUGCACACACGGACAG